GGCUUCUGGCGUUGGUGACAAUGAAGACUGUCCUAAUAUUAGCGGCGCUUAUCGGCCUGGCCGCCGCUGUUUACCCGCAAUACCAUCACGAAGUGAAAACAGCAACUCUCGACCCCAGUCUCGUAGAUAUCCAAAGAAAAGUUUUAUUGCUUUUGGAGAAUUGGAAACAGGUUGACCCUGAAGAUGUAUACUACAAAAUUGGUAAGGAGUAUAAUAUUGAAGCCAACAUCGAAUCUUAUACGCAACGAGAAGUCGUAACCGAAUUUUUAUCAUUGUAUAAGGCGGGUUUCAUGCCCAAAAAUGAAGUAUUCUCUAUAUUAUAUGAGAAUCAGGCUGCGGAAGUCAUAGCUUUGUACAGACUCUUCUAUUAUGCUAAAGAUUUUGAAACCUUCUACAAAACUGCAGCUUUUGCACGUGUUUGGUUGAACGAGGGUCAAUUUGUAUAUGCGUUUUAUAUGGCAGUCAUUCAACGCCAUGAUACUAGAGGCAUAGUUUUACCAGCUCCGUAUGAGAUAUGGCCAGAAUAUUUCGUGAACUUAGAUAUACUCUACAAGAUUUAUCGUGUACAGAUGCAGAAAGGCUUGAUUUUACCAGAGUCAUCUCAGUAUUAUGGUGUAUUAGCUAAGGAUAAUGCUUACUAUUUCUACGCUAAUUAUUCUGGUCCAUUAACUUAUGAAGAUAACGAAAACCUAAUAUCAUACUUCACCGAAGAUAUUGGUUGGAAUUCAUACUACUAUUACUUCCAUAAUAAAGUACCUUUCUGGGAAAAAGGAGAAAAUGCUAUUGGACCAUUCAAGGAACGUAGAGGCGAAAUAUACUUUUACGUGUAUCAACAAAUUUUAUCUCGUUAUUAUCUUGAACGUCUUUCUAAUGGAUUGGGUGAGAUACCAAGAUUCAAUUGGUUCGGUAAAUUGGAAACUGGAUACUAUCCAUAUUUGGGUCCUUACCAACUACCUUUCGCUCAAAGAAAUGGUGAUUACUAUAUGGGUACUGGUGAUAAUAUGGAGGAUAUUCAAUUUAUUGAUACCUAUGAGAAGACCUUCCUCCAGUUUCUACAGAAGGGCCAGUUUAAGGCUUACAAGCAAGAAGUCGACUUGUACAACUCUAAAUCAAUAAACUUCGUUGGUAAUUAUUGGCAAGCCAAUUAUGAUCUUUACGAUAAUGUGCCACACAGGCAUUAUUGGCGAUCAUAUGAAGUAGCUGCCCGUCGUAUUCUUGGAGGUGCUCCUAGAAUUUCUGACGAAUAUUUGAACGUACCCACCGCUUUGGACUUUUACCAAACUUCGUUGCGAGAUCCAGCUUUCUACCAACUCUACGCCAGAAUCCUGGACUACAUUAUUCAGUACAAAGAGUACUUAGAACCCUACUCUCAGGAUGUUCUUCAUUACGUUGGCGUGAAGAUUAAUGACGUGAAGGUUGACAAACUAAUUACUUACUUCGAUUACUUUGACUGGAACGUAACCAAUGCCGUUUACUUGUCUGAGCAACAACUCGAGAGCUCGUCUCCCUCUUUCAUUGUCCGCCAACCUCGAUUGAACAACAAGCCAUUCUCUCUAACGAUUGAUAUCAAGUCAGAUGUUGAAGCUGAAGUAGUCUUCAAGGUAUUCAUUGGUCCAAAAUAUGACGGCAAUGGUCUACCUAUCAGUUUGGAAGAUAACUGGAUGAAUUUCCUGGAAUUAGACUGGUUUACACAUAAGCUCACUUCAGGACAAAACCAGAUUGUGCGUAAAUCCGAGGAAUUCUUCCUAUUCAAGGAUGACUCUGUAUCAGUAUCUCAGAUUUAUCAGCUUUUACAAAAUGGUAAAGUGCCAUACUACAUGGCUAACAAAUUUUUGUACGCGCCGAGGAGGCUUAUGUUGCCUAGAGGUACUGCUGGUGGUUUCCCAUUACAGUUAUUCGUAUAUGUUUACCCAUAUCAAGCUCCGGUGAAAGAGUGGGAAGCAAUGAAAGAAUUUGUGGUAGAUAACAAACCUUUCGGUUAUCCGUUCGAUCGCCCUGUGACCAUGCCUUACUACUUCACUCAGCCAAAUAUGUACUUUAAGGAUGUCUACAUUUACCAAGAAGGUGAAAUAUACCCUUAUUAUACUUCUUACUGGAGCCAAAACCAAGUUCCUAAGCACUAAAAGGAGAGAGAAAGUAUUUACAAACAGUGUCAGUGAAUAAAAUAUUAGCAAUGUUUUGUUUAUGUCAAAUAAACUAAAUCACUCGUUUU